UUUUUUAAUUCAGCUAAUUAUGGAAAAAUCCCUUUCACCUAAUAUUGCAACAGCACAAUCUUCGUCUCUAAUUAGAGAUGAAAAAGACAAAGAAAAAGGUGUUGAACAAAUUUGUCAAUGGAUUUUAGAAUUGGGAGAUCAUGAUAAACGAGAGAAUGCUUUGCUACAAAUUAGCAAAUGUCGGGAGUCAAUAGAAGAUCUAGCUGUUUGGCUUUGGUAUUCAUAUGGGACUGUGAGUGUUCUACUACAAGAAAUCAUCAGCAUAUAUCCAUACAUUCUACCACCAACACUUACAGCAGCUCAGUCGAAUCGGGUGUGCAAUGCUCUGGCUCUAAUGCAGUGUAUCGCAUCACAUCGUGAUACGCGAAAACAAUUUUUGGAAGCUAAAAUUCCAUUAUACCUCUAUCCAUUUUUGCACACAACCAAUGAUUCUCGUCCAUUCGAAUAUCUCAGAUUAACAUCUCUUGGAGUUCUUGGAGCGCUUGUAAAGACCGAUGAAAAAGACGUUGUCAAAUUUUUACUUUCUACUGAAAUAAUUCCAUUAUGUUUGAGAAUUAUGGAACAAGGGACAGAAUUAUCACGAACUGUCGCUACGUUUAUCUUGCAGAAAGUCCUUUUGGAUGACAUUGGUCUCGCCUAUGUUUGCCAGACAUAUGAACGGUUUUCUCAUGUAGCUAUGGUUUUGGGCAAGAUGGUGCUUCAACUUUCUAAAGAACCUUCGAGUCGGCUUCUGAAGCAUUUGAUUCGUUGCUAUCAUCGUCUGUCUGAGAACGCUCGUGCCUUGCAAGCAUUAACACAAUGCCUGCCUGACCAGCUUAAAGACGAAACAUUCAAGACUUUGUUAGACCAAGACCGGCCUACUAAACACUGGUGGAAAAUGUUAAUGAAGAAUUUGAAUAUUCCAGUAGAAGAAAAAUAG